CCUUGUGAUCCGCCCGUCUCGGCCUCCCAAAGUGCUGGGAUUACAGGCUUGAGCCACCGUGCCCGGCGGGUAGGGUGGAUUCUGCCGUCUGGGCAGCGGGAGUGCGCGACUUAUUCCAUGCUGACCUGCGUGGGGGCGGGUACAGGGGAGCCGGGGGGCAGAGCACACUGUUUGCUCCUCACCAGCCCUGGGCAGCCCGCACUCAAGAACGGUCGUCCUCCACUUGCCGCAGGCUGCAUCCCGAUCCCGCUUGCGUUGGGCGGACCUCACAGGUUCCCUGUGUGACCUUCGCGGGUGUAUAGGGCGGGGCAAGGAGGAUCCAGGGUGGGGAUUUGAGAUCAGGUCCCUUUCGGGUUUUCUUUCUGAAGCGCCCCUCUGCCUAUGCCCGCGCCUCCGCCAGGCUCGCUGGGUCAGCACCUCACCGGCUUUGCGCACACGCUGUGCCACGCGGCCUUCACCCCUGUGACUCCCCCGCAGCUCGCGCUGAUGCACCGACGAGUCAGCUUGUCCUCUGGAAGCCAAUGAGUCUCCCCGGCGCCCCGCGGCCGAAGAGUUAGGUGUACCAUGCAAUCCCCGCCCAACUGGCCCCGGGCGACUGACGCCCUGCGGCCCUCGCCCUUCCCGCACCCGGCUUUGCACGCCUUCCACGGCUUGGCCCACGAGCUGCUCUCCCCGGCCUACUGGGCCCUGGACCAGCUGCUGGGCUGCUGUGCACCAACGGCGAGCCCGAUCAGCCUGGGGUGGCUGAGAAGGGCGGCGAGCGGCGUCGUGGCGCUGCUGCUGCUGGUGGUGGUCGGCCUGCCCUUGGCGCUGACCCGCCUGCCACUCUGGCUGGCGCUGCAGGUUUGGCGCCGCCCCUUCUGCUACCGCCCCCCUCCGCUGUGCUGGGCGCCGCCCGCGCUCUGGCGCCCGCCUGCCGAACCCGGGCGCUGCUUCAUCUUCCUCAUGGCCAAUCUGUGCCUGCUCCUGGACAGGCUGUCGCGCUUCAGCAACCUGCCGCACAGCCAGCGACGGGCUGAGGCCAUUGGCGCCGCGCUCUAUAGGGCUACGGACUGCAGCCAGCUGUGGCCCAGGGCGCCGCGUGGGACGCGGGUGGCCUCGCUGCCCGUGGGUCUGGACGUUGUGUGCCUGCAGGAGGUAUUCGAUUUGCGCGCAGCUCGUCACUUGGUGAAUCGCCUGACGCCCAACCUGGGCCCGGUGCUGUACGACGUGGGCACACUUGGCCUACAGACCGGGCCGCACCUCAAGCUACUGGACAGCGGGCUGCUGCUGGCCUCGCGCUACCCGCUGCUGUGCGCCACCUUCCGUUGCUUCCCCCACGCGCGUGGCGAGGACACGCUGGCCUCCAAGGGACUACUGUCCACACAGGUACUGGCCUACCCCGCCCAGAGCACAGAGGGGGCGGGGUUCGGCCAAGAAGGCGAGGGAAGCUGGGGCCGUCCGUGGUGUUGCAGGCGCAGCUGGGCAGCCUGGACGGGCGCCACAUCGUGGGAUUCCUGCACUGCACGCACUUGCAAGCACUGGCUGAGGACGGGCCCUUGCGCAGCAAACAGCUGACGCUGCUGCUGGACUGAGCCGAGAAGUUUGAGGCCGAGAGCGAACAAAGUGGAGGGGUCGUGGCUUUACGCGUGCUCCUGGGCGACCUAAACUUCGAUAACUGCUCGAAAGGUCCCGCAGGAGGGGAGGGCAGGGAGGCAGGGGCGGAGCCAGGAGGCCCGGCCCCGCCCACCACGCUCCAGCCUCUCUCUGCGCUGCAGCAGUAGCACAAGCUCUUCUGCCGCUUCCAGGACCCCUGCCGGAUGGGCACGCGCCAAGAGCAGCCCUGGGCCCUGGGUAUCGUGCUUGGGGGGAGGGUACCAGAGUGGACCUGGGGAGCGCUGUCGGCCGAGGCUCUGGCUGAUGCCUCCCUCCCCCAGAUCCCCCAGGGACCGCACUGCGCAGCUCCGUGCUCCACCACUCCGUGGCCUCCUCCCCCGAGAUGCUGAGGCGGUGAGUGGCGACCUGGAGGUAGGCACUGCCCGCCUGAAGCGCGCAAAGGGGCCCUGGCCUUGGUGACACCGCCCCCUUCCAGGACCCUGGAGCAGGAGAAAGGGCGCCACCUCUACCUGGCCGGCCCUCCCGGCAGAAGCCACCGAGCUAAGCCCUGGAGGGGUCAGCACCUGGACUACAUCACGUACUGCGGAGUUCCUGGGGGCCUGCUGAGCCCAGUGAGUGCCAGGGCCCGGGUGGCUGGGCCUGCGGCGCUGGGACGACCCUCAACCUGAUUCCCGCCCCCAGAAAGUGGAGCAGGUGACGUUCAGUACCGCCCUGGCGGGGCUCACGGACCACCUGGUAGUGA